AACCAUUAUUAUGGAGGUCAUAGUGGUGUGUCUUCUUCUUUCCACUUUUAAUAGACUUCCAUACCAGUUGGAAGUUGCUACUCUUUCAAUAUUUACCAUAAUUUGUUUAUAUGGAACUCUGGCAUCACUUGUUAAUUCCAUAUACUCCAAGACCAUAAUACCAGUUGGACCCGCACUCAUAAAGAAUAAUGAUAAGAAGAAAAAAUCUGCUGCUACAGCUCCAUGUCCAAUUCCAUCUUCUCGUGGGACCAGUGGACUGCUAGAAAUUGCGAAAUUGCUGGAAAGCAAAGGUGUAUGUGGUAUACCAACAGAUACUGUAUAUGCUUUGGCCGCUUCUUGCAAGCAUCCAAGUGCAAUAGAGAAAAUCUACAAUAUUAAAGAACGUCCUGCAGAGAAGCCCAUCUGCAUCUGCAUUUCUAGUUUGGAGCAGCUUGUUCCAACAAAACCACCAUUUAGUCCAUUGCUCUGGGAGUUCAUGAGAAAUGUAUAUCCAGGAGGGAUCAGCUGUAUUGUCCCAAAAGGAGACUGGCUCCUUAAACUUGGUAAGACAGCAGCAUUAGAAUGUCUGAUCAAACAUUUUCAUUUUAUUAUUGUGUAACUUGCAUAAACCUAUUGUUUUAAGGUGU